AUGGGGCUGUACGACGCGGUGGCAGGCAUGGCGGUGCGCCUUCUGGAUAUCAUCAGCACGUACCUGCAGGUCCCCUUCUUUCGAGUCAAUUUCCUCGACUUAACCGUUGACGGCCAUUUGAUCCUGGAGACCAUUCUGCUGGUGGCCAUCAUCGUCCUCAUGUCGCAGAAGAGUUACAAACCAGACAAGCGAUCGCUCACUGAAACGGAGAUCGACCACCUGUGUGAGGAGUGGGUACCUGAGCCGCUGCACCCGCCCGCUCCCCCUCAAGCCCUCGCCCGCCACGUGCCCGUGCUCGACAAGGCGGGAGAGCCAUGGACGGUGGCGGACGGGCGCAAGAUGCUGAAUCUGGCGUCCAUGAACUUCCUGGGGCUCAUAGGCAACACGCAUGUGCAGGAGGCGGCCACAGCAGCGCUGCACAAGUACGGGGUGGGCUCUUGUGGCCCGCGUGGUUUCUACGGCACGAUAGACGUGCAUCUGGAUCUGGAGGAGCGCAUAGCGGCGUUCAUGGGUGUGGAGGGGUGUAUCCUCUACUCCUAUGGCCUCGCCACCGUCGCUUCCACCAUCCCCGCCUUCUGCAAGCGCGGGGACCUCAUCAUCGCUGACGAGGGCGUGGGGUGGGCGAUGCAGAACGGCAUGACGUUGGCACGCAGCACGGUGCGCUACUUCCGCCACAACGACAUGAACCACCUGGAGCAGCUGCUGCAGCACCACGCCGCCGCCGACCGCAAGAGCAACAAGACCGACAUCCGCCGCUUCAUUGCUGUUGAAGCCCUCUACCAGUGCUCGGGGGAGCUGCUGCCCUUACCAGAGCUGGUGCGGCUGAAGGAGAAGUACAAGUUCCGCAUCAUCGUGGAGGAGAGCCUGUCGUUUGGCGUGCUGGGCGCCACGGGGCGGGGCAUCUCGGAGCACUACGGCAUGCCGGUCACCAGCAUUGACAUUAUCGUUGCUGCCAUGGGCACCUCGCUUGCUUCGGUCGGAGGGUUCUGCUGCGGCAGUGCCAAGGUGGUGGACCACCAGCGGCUGGGCGGCAUGGGGUACUGUUUCUCAGCGUCACUGCCGCCGUUCCUGGCGUCAGCAGCCAUGGCAGCGUUGGAUGAGAUGGAGGCACGCCCCACCGCACGCUCCCUCCUGCACUCCAAUGCCGCCGCCUUCCGAGAAGGCAUGGCAACCCACUGCCCUGAUCUGGAGGUGCAUGGUCAUGCUGUGUCGCCUGUGGUGCUGCUGCGGGUGCGCAAGGGAGCAGGCGCAGGGGGUGCGGUGCGGGAGGGGGAGGAUGAGCCUGCAGUGCUGCAGAGGAUAGUGGAUGAGAUGCGGGAGGGGGAGGAUGUGCUGGUGAGUGUUCCGCUGCGCUCUCCUCUGGACAUAAGCCCCUUGCCCGCGGGCAUCCGAGUGUGCAUCUCCGCAGGGCAUUCACAGGACGACAUGCUGCUGGCAGCUAAGGCCUUUGGCCGGGCAACUGCUCGUGUGCAGGGCCUGUGCUAG